UAGUGCUCUACUCUUCAUUGCACUGUUUUGUCUGCACAUUUGCACUUUCUACUACUAGCUCAAAAUCACUCACAUGACUAACAUUGAUCUUAUUGUUAUCUUAGUCUAACUAAGAUUAGAAAUCAGCAAUAAUUGAUUAAUCUAUGUUUAACUGUAAUUUCUCCGCACAUCCUGGAUGAUACAUCGACUCGACCGAGUCCGAGCUCUAGCAGGAAGCAAGUAGCUGAUGGCCCUUGGAGGUGCAGAGAUAUCGGGACCAUGGCAUCUGGAUGUAGCAGUGGGGAAACCUUAUCAGAACCAGCGGCAGGUGACUUGGCCACUGCGAUUUCUCAGGGUCCAGUUAGUGAAGAGAUGCUAGAGAGAUGUGCUCAAGAGGGUGGUAUUGAUGUCCCAAACGAGGAUGGACAAACACCAUUGAUGCUCGCAUGUUUGAAAGGUCUGGAGGAUGUCGUCAAGUUCCUAUUAGCAAAUGGUGCCAACCCCAAUUCCAAGAGCUCAAAGGAUGGCAACACUGCUUUGCAUUAUGCAUGCAUGUUAGAAGACACACUAGGCAAUGCAUCCUGGUCAGAAAGACUCCUUGGACAAACAAAAUGGAGAACCCCAAGAUUUCUAUUGUUAAGCUUCUUCUGAAUAAUGGAGCAUCUGUUCAAAACAACAUAGAUGGAUGGAGUCCAGUAUGUGUAGCUGCAUAUUACUUGCUAAAUGACUUUGUUGACUUCUUCUUGUCGAUGGGUGAUGAUGAUAUUCUUUUGGAAGACAAGAUCAAAGCGUCUGAAUUACUGGGAGUGUUAGAGGCUACUCUUUGUCAACGUCCCAUCGAAGAUGCUUUUCACUCUUUCUGCAGAGCCAUAAACUUAAAAGAAGGUGCAGGAGUUAAUGAAGGGAAAGUUCAAAACUCAGAACUUGCUGCUUGCUUCUCAGAACUCUCUCUAAAAGAAUUCCACAAGCUGGAGGAAAUCAAGUCAGUUGAAUCAUCUGAAAGUGCUUUGAAGGCCCAUGCAUUUUUGGUUGGUGAGAAACUAUUUCCUCCAAGUCUCAAGCACAGUUAUUUCUUCCCAUCCCUUGCAUACUUUGCAUCGCGUUUCAUGUUCCAUCAGGAAAAGGUAGAAAGUGGCUUUCAAAUAUUCUCUCAUGUCCUUGAUUCUGAAAGAUGUGGAGAAGCUCUGCCAGGAACAGUACUACAGCAGUUAUCAUAUGCGUAUCAUUUCCACCAAGUAUCUUACGACAUGGAUGAAGAACCAGAACCUCUAGUUCGUCAACUUACUAGGGAUAUGUUGUCUGCAUAUGUUACGAUAUUUAAGAAUGUAUACAUUGAUAGUCUGCUGAAUGUGUUUCAUUCCCUUAUGCAGAGGUUUAGUGUCAUACUUUUUUCAGAAGCCAUGGACUGGUCAUCUCGUAACAUUUUGAAAUCCACCUUGCAAGACAUAGAGAACUUACUGAGUGUCAUUCGAAGUAGAAUCCUGAGGGAAAGGCCUGACGAGUAUAACAAGAUGCCUUCCCUAACAUUUGAAAUCAUGACGCUUGUGCGGAAGGAUGAGGGUGUACUCUUCAACUGCAUAUCUUUUUCAAGGGAAUGGUUCCUUGUGAAAAUAAGGUAUAUGUUGCUCAGGGUUCUGCCAUCUGACAAUACUUCUUACCAGGAUAGGUCCAGUGGCAACACCAUACUGCACAUGUUGGCAUACUCUACAUUUCCAGCAACUUCAUUUGGAUGUCUUAAAGAAGUCAUGAGAUGUAUCCAUGAUCUUGCUCGGGCCUUUAUACGUCAUGGAUGUUCUGGAGAAGCAGUGAAUCAUGAAGGUCAAACUGCCAGAGACAUUUUGCCUGAGUUUGACUUGAAGAAGAAGCCAAAUUUUAAGCUGAUUGAGUCAUUGUUGAGUCAACCAACCACAGUUCUACAACUGAAGGUAGCAGCUGUCAAAGCAGUCCUCCGACACAACAUCAACUACCAAGACAUCCUUCCUCUGAGGCUGCGUGAGCUGGUGGAAGGAGUUACAGAUUUAGACUUUGAAUUAACAGUGUUAGAUACAGAUGACAGUAGUGAAGAGAAUAAGUGUUGUUGUUGUUAGGUACUCACUGAAUUUUCUGGAUUGUCAUCCAUUUUAUGCCCUUUAUAGGAAAGAUCACUCUAGUAUGAAGCUGGUGUGGGAAAAUGAGGUACAUAGAUGUCAGUGAUAGAUGGUGGUAAAGUUAUGAAGUCCUAGAGGUCUUAGCAAUCAAAUGCAAACUGGGAAUUGUGUAAUUUCCCCCAUUAGCAGCCCUUCAUUUUGUUUUCUUUGUUACAUUUCUUAUUUUUUCCCCCUUUUUUUCUCCAUAGAUAUUCUAUGUUCUAAAUAUGAUACUGGACAAAUCUUAACACACACAGGUCUGAAAUGAAUCUAUUCCUCUAUCAGCAAUUGAGAGAUAUAGAUGAUUCUCAAUUAAAACAAAUGUAGGGCUGCUUGCAAGGGAAAUUAGGGCAAUCACAAUUUGUAUUACGUCAAUUACUGCUUUUCAAAUUGAUAAUCCCUUCUUGAUUUUUGUAAAACUUUGAGCAAUGUGUCAAUUAUCCAUACAGUCCUCAUGAUGACCAGCCAGUCAGUUAAAAAUAUCCAGACCUCUACAUCUUCUAGUCUUGUUCUCUCUUUAUACUUUAUAGUUUGUGAGUCUUUUCAGGACUCCAUCUAAAGGCAUCUAUCGAAGAACGCAUAACCGCUCAAUCCUCUGCUUCUCCCUUACAUGCUGAUCCUCUUCAGGAUGAAACAAGAAAGAAGACCUUUCCUUUGUCUCUCUUAGUUUAAUUUUGUUUCCACUUUCCAUCCUUCCUGUGAACCAACAAUCCUUUGCAGGAAUAGUCACUUGGUGUACUGUAAAUCAAUCAGUGUAAAACAAAUGUGAUAGUACAUUGAUGCCCUAUAUGCUAUACAAUAGCAUACAACGACAAGUGAAUGCAAGUAGGUUUCUUCUCUCAGCACAAGAGAGCAGCACAAAGCCAGCUAAAAAAUAACUGUCUCUCUAAGUAGCAGAAAUUAUAACUGAAGGCCGACUUAGAUGCUGAAUUGAAAUGCCAACUUUCCUUCAUCUAUGGUCACCAAGAAAUUCUAGUGUUCUCUAGUUUCCAUCCUUUAUUGAAUAGUAUUUUGAUGUUCUAUUUCUAUAGAUUAUAAUGCAGUUCUUGGGUAGUACAUGUGUGAGUAAUCAUCUUCUGAUAGUCUAAUAUGAGUGCAUCACAGAAUUUCUUUGUGCGGCGAACACAGACUACACAUUUUCCAAAAAUGUGGGUUCUGUUUCUUAAAACUGGUUGUCAAUAACAUUACAUUAAAGUUACAGUAACUGUUAUAUGCUAUUGACCCCAUGGCAUUUGAUAGGCUGAGAGCAAGUUUGUCACAGAAAUUAAGCAUUUGCUAUUGCUAACAAGUGUUAUGGAACAGGGGUCUGACUAGAAACAAACACUUGUUAUCAAUUUCCAUGGCUUCAUUCAAUGCACUCUAUUAUUAUUAUUAUUAAGUGUAUGCUACUCUCGUUUACAUUUUUAUCUCUAGCUCUAGCAAGAAGCAAGUAGCUGACAGCCCUUGGAGGUGCAGGGAUAUCAGGACCAUGGCAUCUGGAUGUAGCAGCGGGGAAACAUUAUCAGAACCAGAACCAGCAGCAGGUGACUUAGCCAAUGCGAUUUUUCAGGGUAUAGUGACUGAACAGAUGCUAGAGCGAUGUGCUCAAGAGAGUCGUAUUGAUGUCCGGAACAAGGAAGGACAAACACCAUUGAUGCUCGCAUGUUUGAAAGGUCUGGAGGAUGUCGUCAAGUUUUUAUUAGCAAAUGGUGCCAACCCCAAUUCCAAGAGCUUAAAGGAUGGUAACACUCCUUUGCAUUAUGCAUGCAUGUUGGAAGACACACUAGGCAAUGCAUCCUUUCUAGAAAGACCCCGUGGAUACCAGCUUGAACCAACAACAUGGAGAACCCCCAAGAUUUCUAUCGUUAAGCUUCUUCUGAAUUAUGGAGCAUCUGUUCAGAACAACAUAGAUGGAUGGAGUCCAGUAUGUGUAGCUGCAUAUUACUUGCUGAAUGACUUUGUUGACUUCUUCUUGUCGAUGGGUGAUGAUGAUAUUCCUGUGGAGGACAAGAUCAAAGCUUCUGAAUUACUUGGAGUGUUACAAGCUACUCUGGGUCAACGUCCCAUCAACGAUGCUUUUCACUCUUUCUGCAGAGCCAUAAACUUAAAAGAAGGUGCAGGAGUUAAUGAAGGGAAAGUUCAAACCUCAGAACUUGCUGCUUGCUUCUCAAAACUCUCUCUAAAAGAAUUCCACAAGCUGGAGGAAAUCAAGUCAGUUGAAUCAUCUGAAAGUGCUUUGAAGGCCCAUGCAUUUUUGGUUGGUGAGAAACUGUUUCCUCCAAGUCUCAAGCAGAGUUAUUUCUUCCCAUCCCUUGCAUACUUUGCAUCGCGUUUCGUGUUUCAUCAGGAAAAGGUAGAAAGUGGCUUUCAAAUAUUCUCUCAUGUCCUUGAUUCUGAAGGAUGUGGAGAAGCUCUGCCAGGAACAGUACUAAAGCAGUUAUCAUAUGCGUAUCAUUUCCACCAAGUAUCUUACGACAUGGAUGAAGAACCAGAACCUCUAGUUCGUCAACUUACUAGGGAUAUGUUGUCUGCAUAUGUUACAAUAUUUAAGAAUGUACACUUUGAUAGUCUGCUGAAUGUGUGUCAUUCCCUUAUGCAGAGGUUUAGUGUCAUACUUUUUUCAGAAGCCAUGGACUACUCAUCUCGUAACAUUUUGAAAUCCACCUUGCAAGACAUAGAGAACUUACUGAGUGUCAUUCGAAGUAGAAUCCUGAGGGAAAGGCCUGACGAGUAUAACAAGAUGCCUUCCCUAACAUUUGAAAUCAUGACGCUUGUGCGGAAGGAUGAGGGUGUACUCUUCAAAUGCAUAUCUUCAAGGGAAUGGUUCGUUGUGAAAAUAAGGUAUAUGUUGCUCAGGGUUCUGCCAUCUGACAAUGCUUCUUACCAGGAUAGGUCCAGUGGCAACACCAUACUGCACAUGUUGGCAUACUCUACAUUUCCAGCAACUUCGUUUGGAUGUUUCAAAAAAGUCAUGAGAUGUAUCCAUGAUCUUGCUCGGGCCUUUAUACGUCAUGGAUGUUCUCUAGAAGCAGUGAAUCAUGAAGGUCAAACUGCCAGAGACAUUUUGGAUGAGUUUGACUUGAAGAAGAAGAAGCCACAUUUUAAGCUGAUUGAGUCAUUGUUGAGUCCACCAACCACAGUUCUACAACUGCAGGAAACAGCUGUCAGAGUAGUCCUCCGACACAAGAUCAACUACCAAGACAUCCUUCCUUUGAGGCUGCAUGAGGUGAUGGAAAGAGUUACAGAUUCGGACUUUAAGUCAAAGGUAUUAAGAAAAUUUGACAAUGGCAAAAGUGAAGAAAAUAGUGACAGCAACGAUAGUAGUGACAGUAGUGCAGAAAAUAGCGACAGUGAUGACAGUAGUGACAGUGAAAACAGUAGUGAGAGUUCUGAAGACAGUGAGUGACAGUACCACGAGAAGGUUGAGUUGUGAUAAAAGCAAAAAUGAUUUGGCAGUUUGCUAAGUAUGUUUGCAGAAAAAGGAAUGGUUUUCAUGUUCGCCCUGAUGUUCGAAUUAUGACUAGAAAUAGCUUAAAAGUUUAUUGCCAAAUGUGAGUAGUUCUAUAUACACAUAACCGGGGGAGGGGUGAGGGGCUGUCGAUCUAGUGAAUUACCCCUCAAAGCAUUUGUCACAUUGUACGUGAGACCGACCUUGUUGGUCUUGUGGGCUGUAGCAAUUAUGUACUACACAUGCAUAAACAACCUGUUUCCAAUUGUUUCUUAACAUUACAUUCACAUGACCAGAACUGAAAUUUAUCUUGCAAAAUGACUCAUCUGACUAGGGUGAAGGACUACUGAGCAGUGUGUUUUGGUGCAUCCUCACAAACCAAUUCUUUAUUCCUUAUCACUGCUUCUUUUUCGGUCUAAAGUACAUUAAGCUACAAGUUCAAAUCGUGUCAUUCAAUUCUCACUGCAUAAAUGUUACAGUAAUAUUUUAAUUCUGAUUUCUGUAAGUAAUCAUCAACAUCUGAUCUCAUUUUCUCUUGGCUAUUAGAAGUAGAAGAGAGAUCAAAUAUGAAAUGUGAAAAUUACAGUGUUUGUACAUUGUAGUAGCCAGAGUUUAUUUGAUAUAAUUACCUUAAUUUCCUGUCUGUAUAUAUUGAAAAUAAUGGUGACCAAAAGCAAAGUUAAUGUAUAAGCCUAUUUUGUGUCUGCUUGAUAUAAUAUAUGUUGCCAUCAUUGCCAUGUACUAACAGAUUUCACUGAGUCACGAAAUAUUUUUCGUUUAUAAUUUGCCUGGAUGGUUUUGUUAUAUAAGUAUUCUUUUAUCUCCCUAUAUGUUUCAGGCCCAAUAAAAGAUGUGUUGUUUCGGAGUUGAAAGAA